UUGUCCUGGCCAGGGUUACUCCCCGCCUGCUGUACUUAAAUCUGCCAAAUGACUCAUUCAAAACAAUUGGAAGGAAUUGAAACUGACCCUUAAAAUUAGAACCACAGUUAUUUAGCGAAGCCACCUUAAGCGCCAUUCUCUUAUCCCUAGCUACACAUUAGCUGCACUCAUUAACGGCCUUUCGCAUUGCAUCUGUGUUGAGGAAAGAACCACACCUGUCUGUAUGCCUGCCCUCCUGUUCGGCAGCAUUUAAAUCAUCCACUGAGGGUGCAAGAGGAUGGAGCUCUUCCUGAGUCCCUUCACUUUAUCCAGAUCCCUCUUGAAGAAUGUGGUGCCACUUCAAAGAGCUGUGUUGACCAAAGAUGGACAUGAUGUCUUCCUAGAGAAGAUAGAAGACUGGAAUGUGGUAGAACUCAUGGUGAAUGAAGAAAUCGUCUUCCAUUGCAACAUUAAGGACUUGGAGUUUGGAGGUGAUGGUAAGCUAGACCCACUGUGUGAAGAGGCCAGAAUAGCCGUGCUAAAUGCCGACUGAUCCCUUCGUGGAACAGACAAUGUCAGCUGCCUCUGGCCAUUCUGGGAUGCCAGUAAAGUGGCCUUCCGGAACAUGGACGUCGGGCUCUACCAAUCAGAACAAGGCGACGCUGGCCUCCGGUUUCCUGUAUGGCAGCACAAGGGCCACAAAAAUAAUAAAACCACAUCAUUUGCAGCAUCUCUCAAUCUUGACCCAUAGGAAUAGCCCUCCAAUAUCAGGUACAUACUGAGCUGAAGGAAAUAAUAAAAUGCAAUCUAAUAACAAA